CAAAUCAGGCAUCUAAUACGUUUCAAUGCUCUUAAAUUUCAGCUCGUCGUAUUCUUAAGCUUGGCGGUCCUUUCAAAGGGGGCGGUAAUACCAGCGAUACCAGCAGUGCCUGCACCUGUGGUAGCAGCAGCGAAACUUGAAGAUUUAGAUGCUGCACCUCAAUAUAGUUUUGCAUAUGAUGUCCAGGAUGCUGUGACCGGCGAUUCUAAAGCCCAAUACGAGACCAGAAACGGCGACAUAGUGCAGGGUAGCUACAGCCUGAUCGAGGCAGACGGCACUCGACGUAUCGUCGAGUAUACGGCGGAUCCCAUAAAUGGUUUUAAUGCGGUGGUUAGCCGAGAACCAGCGACCGCUGUGGCCGCCAUUGCCGCUCCAUUGGUACCAUACGCACCUGCUAUCGCGCCUUCUGCGGCUGCUGCACCUGUUUUACCGGUAGCACCUGCACCAGCGCCAGCUAUCCCAGCUAGCGGUCCAGACUCCGACGUUGAGGUUGUUGAGGCUAGAUCUGGACCUCUCACAGCCGCUCCAACCACUCGCGAGGAACAGCUCCGACAACAGCAAGAACAGCAGCUACAACAAUUGAAAGAAAUUGAGAGGCAACAGCAAGCGCAACAACAACAGCAGUUACAGCAAUUACAACAACUUCAACAGCAAUCCAGACUGCAGCUACAACAGCAAAUUCAGCAACGCCAACUGCAGAGGAUACAGCAAGGGCAGGAAGCUCAGCAAGAGCAGGAACAGCAACAACAACCUCAUCAACGACAGCAGCAACAAGGUGCACCAGUGAAAGCGCUUGCCACCCCAGUACAACUGGCGGCGAGAGCUCCACAACCUGCAAGAUUGGUUAGUUUGCCAGCAGCCAAAGCUGUUACCAGUUACGCGAGUUAUCCUAGUGCAUAUGCUUAUACGGCCGCUUACUCGUCGCCCUUAGCUUAUGCAGCGCCCCUUGGUGGUCUCACUUAUGCACCCGCCUCCGCACUCCUCUGAAGUCUCUGUUUUUUUUUAAGAUUGUUUUGUUAUUAAGUCAUGCCCGCCUUAUUGACGAAGUCAACGAAGUUACAAUAAAUGUCUCUUUACAAUGAAUUAUACGAAAUCACCUGAUUUGUGAAUCCAUUCAAUUCCAGAAAUUCUGAAAUGUAGCUGUAUGCAAUUAUUAAACAUAUUUACAUUUCUUGCAUAUGUUAGGUUCGAAACGUUCUUCCACAUAGCUUUGGGGAAAUUAUUACACUAGAGGAACUAGAAUUCCUCGGUCGGUUAUAGUAGAUGCACAAACACAGUAAACAGACUUUUUAAGUAUGUCUUUCAAGACAAAUGUAUAUAUAUUAUGUACUGAAUCUGUUUCAUCAAGAAGCCUUUAAAAAACUAGUUCCUUGUUUUCACAUUCUACGAAUAUACAAUUCCAAGAGAGCACAAAUUUACGACGUAUUAAGCAAUCCUUCAAAAGAAAUG